UUCUGCUACGAACAAACCGAGAGGCGGUCAGUCGGCUCCCUGCACGGACGAAAACACACACUAACGGUGGAAAGCCCAUGAGUUUUCCGCUGCAAGUUUUUCUUUUUUUUUUUUUUUUCUACAGCGGCUUCAGCUCGUAUCUAACGGCGGCGUCGGUUUGUAUUUUCCAGUGACUGAUCCGCGAACGCACCAUUUAUUUCUAUCACAAACGCCAACAAGGUGGACAUUAAUAAAGGGAAUCAACCACUGACGACAGUCGCACAAGUAAGGGAAACUGGGGAACGGGAUUAAAGGACGACAUAUCCUGGUCAUUGUUCAUCACUGCUGGAUGAAGCUGCUGCUCUGAUCUAAAGGAAACUUGCUGCUUCAAGUCGAGAAAGCCGUCAUCUGUUUGGAGUUUUCCAAAAAGUCCGUCAGCUGGAGUUCACUGGCCUUGACAAGAUAGCAGAGUUAUUGCUGUGUUGAGUUGGUUCCAUCUCCGUUGGAUUGAGUUCAGCUCUUACAUGGUUGCAAUGCUGACUGUCUUUGAGAAACCUCAGCUGUAAAAUUGUCAUCAACACAUUUCUCUCCCCCGAGCCCCAGCUCUGUAAAGGUCCAAAUGUGUCCAUGAGACUCUCUCAUCGCUUCUAUCAGUGGGACUAAUGUUGACCCUAAUCUAAAAGCAUCAGCACCCCAUCCCUACCUUUCCCUCCCUUCUCCCCUCCCUGCACCCUUUCCCUGUACCACUAUGACCAGUCUGAAGCGGUCUCAGACAGAACGCUCAGUCGGGGGCUCAGUGCCCGCCACUGAUGAGUUUUAUACCCGCCGCCUGCGACUGCCCAAUGGAGGGGCACCGCCACCCCGGAGUGAAAGUGCCCACAUCUCCUCUUCCUCCACUACUGGCACAAACCCCGGUGUCCCCAAAAUGGGGGUUCGAGCUCGUGUGGCUGACUGGCCUCCGAGGAAGGAUGGUGGAGGAGGAGGAGGGGGAGGAGGUGGUGGUGGUGGUGGCGGCGGCGGCGGCGGCGGCGGUGGUGGUAGUGGAGGAGGAGGUGUAUCAGCCGUCACAGCCCACAGUAACCUGUCGGCGAAGCUGGGCCACCUGAUAAGCCCUCAAGACUCCUCGAUGCUGCGUAACAUCCAUAAUACCCUGAAGAGUAAGAUGCAAAGCAAGGGAAAAGACAAUCGCUUCCUGUCACCAGAUGGCUAUCUAGGGUCACCUCGCAAAGGUAUGAGACGUAUCCGCCAGCGCAGUAACAGUGACAUAACUAUCAGUGAGUUGGACGGGGACAGUAAUGAGGGCUGGUCCUUCUCCGGUUGGACACCCAUGCACCGUGAAUAUGGCAGUACUUCAUCCAUAGACAAACACGGUGUGUCAGGUGAGAGCUUUUUUGACAUGCUUAAGGGAUACCAGUCUGCAGAGGCUCCUGAUCAGCGAAGCCCAGCUCCAGAGAGGCUCACAGAGCUCCUUACAGUGGCUCCCAUAAAACAGGCUGCCCUUGACCUACCUGAUGGACCUUUAGGGCCUGCCAGAGGUAGCCCUGCCAGUCGGCUUAAGGAGCGAGAGAAGCACUUGAAGAGGAGAUCAAAGUCAGAGACAGGUGGAGAGUCAAUAUUUCGCAAGUUGCGCAGCGUGAAGGUGGAAGGUGACACAUCCAGGGCUGGCUCAGAUGUUGAGGAUGGGGGGAAGGGGGAUGAGAGCGGGCCCCCUCCCAAACCUUGGAUGUGCCAAAAAGGAUUUGCUCAUUUUGAUGUCCAGUCUCUAAUGUUUGACCUCAAUGAGGCCAUCCACAGCCGACAGACCGGGGGCAAACGCAAGAACACUACGACUGGUGCUUCUGCAGCGGCCGCUGCCUCUGCUUCAGCCACAUCCUCCCUCUCUUCCAAUCAGAGUGGAGUGUAUGGGUCUCCCUGUGGCUCACAGGAAGAACUAAGCACAAAAGAUGGGUCGAGUGGACACGGUACAAACCCUGCUUUAGACCCUGGUGACGAUAAGAGCAAUGACCUGGUGCUCAGCUGCCCUUGUUUCAGGAAUGAGAUCGGUGGAGAGGGUGAGAGGAACAUCUCCCCAGCUAAACAGGGCAGCAUAGGUAGUGGAGGGAGCUCAAGCAGUUCUUCUGGCAGUACAGAGGAAGGACCUUUGGAAGCCACCCUCACUUCUCAUUUUACCAACGCUGGUGUGGCUGUGUUGGAGGCCCCGAAGGACGGACCGAGCCAACACACCGACCGGUCCAAACGAUACAUUGUGGAGCAUGUUGACCUUGGCGCUUAUUACUACCGCAAGUACUUCUACCUCAGAGAGCACUGGAACUACCUGGGAGUAGAUGAGAACCUGGGACCAGUGGCCGUGAGUCUGAGGAGAGAGAAGCUGGAGGAACAUAAGGAGCAUGGACAACAGUACAACUACAGGGUCAUCUUCAGAACCAGCGAGUUGAAUACCCUGCGUGGCUCUAUUUUGGAAGAUGCCGUACCUUCUACAUCCAAGCAUGGUCUUGCUCGAGGGCUGCCCCUCAAAGAGGUGUUGGAGUACCUGGUGCCUGAGCUCAACGUUCACUGCCUACGCCUGGCACUCAACACACCCAAGGUCACUGAGCAGCUCAUGAAGUUAGACGAGCAGGGGUUGAGUUUCCAGAGGAAGGUGGGGGUGAUGUAUUGCAUGGCAGGCCAGAGCAGCGAGGAGGAGAUGUACAACAACGAAUCUGCCGGUCCUGCACUGGAGGAGUUUCUCCAUUUACUGGGGGAGAGGGUUCGACUCAAAGGCUUCACCAAGUACAGGGCCCAGCUGGACACCAAGACUGACUCGACGGGCACCCAUUCCCUGUAUACAACGCAUAAGGAUUAUGAGAUCAUGUUCCAUGUGUCGACCAUGCUUCCCUACACACCAAAUAAUAAACAACAGUUGCUGCGGAAGCGUCACAUCGGGAAUGAUAUCGUCACGAUUGUGUUCCAAGAACCCGGUGCUCUCCCUUUCACUCCCAAAAACAUUCGUUCACACUUCCAGCAUGUGUUUGUCAUUGUGCGAGCUCAUAAUCCCUGCUCGGAAAACGCCUCCUACAGUGUGGCGGUCACUCGCUCCAAAGACAUGCCCUCUUUCGGCCCCCCCAUCCCAGAGGGCGUGACCUUUCCCAAGUCCUCCGUGUUUCGGGACUUCCUACUCGCCAAGGUCAUCAAUGCUGAAAAUGCAGCGCACAAGUCGCACAAGUUCUGCGCCAUGGCCACUCGAACACGGCAGGAGUAUCUGCGUGACCUGGCCGAGCGUCACACCACCAGCACACCCAUCGACCCCUCUGGAAAGUUCCCCUUUAUCUCACUGGCCCACAAGAAGAAAGAGAAGACCCGACCUUAUGCAGGGGCCGAACUCCGCAGCCUGGGAGCCAUAACCUGGCCGGUCCAUGUUGAGGAUCACGGCACCGGUGGGGAACUGGAGGCCCUCCUGGCUGUCUCCAAUGAUUUUGUCAUCGUGUUGGACCAAGAGGCCAAGGCUGUUGUGUUCAACUGCGCCACUAAGGAUGUGAUCGGCUGGACCUUGAGCAGCCCUGCGUCUUUACGUAUAUUUUACGAACGAGGAGAGAAUGUGUCUCUGAGGAGUAUCAGUAACAACACAGGAUUUAAAGAGGUGGUCAAGCGUCUAGAGUCACUGACUAAGGGCUGUGAGACAUUAGAGAUGACGCUUCGUCGAAAUGGCCUAGGGCAGCUCGGUUUCCAUGUAAACUAUGAAGGCAUCGUGGCAGAGGUGGAGCCAUAUGGGUAUGCCUGGCAGGCGGGACUGCGGCAGGGAAGUCGACUGGUAGAAAUCUGCAAGGUCGCUGUUGCAACACUGACCCAUGAGCAGAUGAUUGACCUCCUUCGUACCUCAGUGACAGUUCGGGUUGUAAUCAUUCCACCACAUGAUGAUGCCACUCCACGCAGGGGCUGUUCGGAGAUGUACCGCAUGCCUGUGGGCGAAUACAAAAGCAGCAGCAGCGAUAGUGGCUCAUUUGAAUACAAGUUCCCCUUCCGCAGCAACAACAACAAGUGGCAGCGAACAUCCAGCAGCCCUCAGCAGUCACUCACCGCAUCCCCACAGCACACGCCCAACCGGGCCAUCAGCCUAGGCAGCUCAGUGGGCAAGACUCUGUCAGCUGAACGACUGGAGAGGGGCGCUUCCAUCCCACGCAGUGUCAGCAGUGAUGGCCGGCCCUUGGACACCAAAAGGAUGUCCCCUGGCAGUGAGAGCUAUAGCCUGGCCUCUUCGCUGGCGUUGGGUCGUUCUCCUCACAACCGGAGUUCUCCCAGCAACCUGUCUUGUUCGAGUGAUGCCUCAGGAAGCUGCCACUGGAGACAGAAGUCCAUGCCUGAGCAGUUUGGAGGCAGCCGCCACUCUCCAAUGUCUGGAGAGAGACAGGUGGUCGGGGAGGGCGGGUCCAGUGGAAAGUCAACUCCCAACUGGAGAAUGGAGGACGGCGGAGAAAGAGGGUCAACGGAAGUCUCCAGUCUCCAAGUCUGGUCCAGAUACUCUGGUGGUCCUCGCAUCCAGAGACAGGAGCAGGUCAUCCACCUGUCCCCCAAGAAGGGCAGUCAGUCAGACGGCCCUUACUCCGGUCACUCCAGCAGUAACACUCUGUCCAGCACAGCGUCCAGCGGGGGUCACAGUGACAGCGAUAAAUGGUACGAACUUGGGGCGGGCGGAGGGUCCAGCGGGGACCAAGGCGAGUCGGAGCCAAACGGCCUUGGAGGAGGGGGCUACCCAGGAGCGUCGGCCGACAGCGGCAUCGACACAAGCUCUUACGGAGCCUCGCACCACGCCCACCCUCACUCUCACCACGGCAGCACCACCUCCCUCUUGGCUCCCAGCGGAGGCAGGGAGAGCAGGGAGCGGUCAGUGUCCCCGUGGCACAGCCCCACCGAAGGAGGACGCCGGAUGCUGGAGAGGUCGCCCGCUGCUGCCGAGUCCUCAGGUCCACCAGGAGAGAGGAGCCUGGAGGGGACGGGACGAACCCCACCUACUCAUCUGCUGGUUAGAGACAGCAGCACUUACAGUCUGAGCGAAGCCGGAUCACACUCAAGGCACUCAGCCCACAGCUCCCCCCGAGAGGAGUCCUCCUCUUCAGCCACUUCUCCAUCUUCACAGUCCUCGGUGUCCCCUGGGCCCAAGAGCUUUUACCCCCGUCAGGGAGCUCAGUCCAAGUACCUGAUUGGCUGGAGGAAACCAGGCUCCACCAUUAAUUCUGUCGAUUUCGGAGACACACGCAAGUAAGUAUGACGGAUUAUAGACAACGGAGGGAACACUGCAGUAGGUCUAACAUCCACCAGACCCUCCCUCAGGGAUAUGCACUCCCCUCAGCCACAUGCCAAAUCUACAAUGGAAGAGGAUGUGAAGAGGCACAGAGAGGCUCCAGACACCCCUCCUCCACCGCGCAGACAUAAGGAAAAGCACUCUCAGAAAUCACCACCCAGAGAGCCUCCCAGCCGCCGCCGCUCACUGCAUCGAACCCUGUCAGACGAGAGCAUCUAUCGUGGUCAGCGCCUCCCCUCCCUCACUGAUACAGUCGCUGAACCGGCGCUCGGCGCUGAUGUGCUUUUCAGCUGCUCCACCCUUCCACGCUCGCCCACUACUCGUGGCGUCCCCCUGCGAAGGCCGUCCUACAAACUGGGUGUCAAACUACACGGUGACCUCUCAGCCUCUGACACCUCACUGGUGGAUCUAGUGGAGCGUCAUCGUGGACCCCUCCCCCAGGAGCUGAUGCCCCUCCCUUCUUCAGAAAGAGACAGUCCCCUAGAGUGGACACACCUGGUGGAUGUGGCCAACACAUUUGAGAGUGAAAGAGGCACACAUUAUGUCCAGAGAAGUUACGUGUUUGGGGAUGCAAACCACCGAAGCAGUGGUGCUUCUAGUCCUCAACAGCCCCACAUCGAGCUGCAGCCUGCUCCGCUGUCUCGGCCCUCAUCCAGUGAGGGUCACAUAGGGCUGGAAAGGAAAGUGACCAAACUGGAAGCCAUGGUAAAGAUGCUCCAGGACGACUUAAAGAAGGAGCGAGAGGAGAAGGUUCGGCUUCAGGCUCAGAUCAAGAGGCUGUGGGAGGACAACCAGAGGCUCCAGGAGGAGUCCCAGACCUCCGCUGCAAAGCUCAAGAAAUUCACAGAGUGGGUCUUCAACACAAUCGACAUGAACUGAGUCUUAACCGGCACAUUUUCACCCUCACCCUCACGCACACAAAUGCACAGAUCAGCACACACAAGUCUGGAAAAGUGGACAUUUGUCCCCAGUUCGUCUGUUCGACUCACAAACCUGCAGUCUGAACCCUCCAAACCACCUUCCACAGGCUUCAGACAUCAGGUGCUAUUAUUGUCGUCCAGUUUCCACAGAGCUUCUGUGAAACCACUCAGGAUGAGACUCAAGAAAAAUGAGUGUCGUUUAUCAGAUUAUGAACGACUGACCUGUACUCUCCUUUGGGGCCAAGAGGGGACCGCUGAAUUGAUCUUUCUCUCGUCUCGCUGUGCCAAAAUCUUUUCACUUAAUUGCCAAUAAAGACAAAGCUCCUCCUUCCUCUUUUUUUUUUUUUUUUUUUUUUUUUUCCUUGUGGAAAAAAAUCGACUUUGCUUCUUGAAGUUACUCCACCGGUGAAUCUAAAAAAAAAAUCACCUCGUCCCUCUGCUGUGUUUUCUUUUUUAUUGGAUGUUUCACUUUUUAGGAUAAGCUACACUAGAUAUUUUAGACUGUUUUAUUUUCUUUUUCACCUUCCCCUUAACGAUUACUGAGGUGUUUUGCAUCACCACAGCAGAGGGGAGCGGAGACGUAUAGAUGUUCCUGAAAUGCCAAGAAAAAGUCCAAGAGCUACGCAGUCUAAUCAACCAGCCCAAGCUUCUGGUUUUACUGGUAAAUUUAAAGCCACCACUGGACACGACAAGGUUUUCAUUCACCUGUAAAUGGAGAGUCAAGACAUUUAGCGCCUUUUCUUUUUAAAACCGACAUCCCCCAAAAUGCACCAGAGAUUCUUUUAACCGCUUAAGCAGCCGCCGACAUAGAGGCAGGUUCACCCUCCUCUGCACAACACGGAGACUGGAUUUGUACAGUAUGUUUUUCUUGGGUUUUUUUGUUCUUUUUCUUCAUUUUUAUCCUCUGUUUCAGUCAGAACUGGGUUAUAAUAUCCUACAGCACAAUCUCUCACCUGACAGAGGAGUGUAUUUAAAAGCCAUCGGCAAGCGGUGCCACAUAAACAAGACUGAUAUCCAGAGUGCUUUGGUCCAUCCCAAUUGUAUGUGUCUUAAAAGCAAUAGGAAGAAGUCAGGACUCCUCUCUUCCUCGCAAAAAAAAAAAUUAAAACAAAGUCAAAAAAA